CUAUUCUCUUCUUAAAUAUCUUCAUACUAAUGAAAUGAGAUCAAAACUCAGUUUACUGCCUGCAAAAGAUCAACGAUUCUAAAAUAUGAACAGGCUUCUCUGGCUCCCAGAAUCUUCAACAUUCCAGCCUGAAUGGAAUCUAUAUGACGUCCAAAACACAUUCUUCAAAUGCGUAAGCUGGCAAGUGGAAGAAACCUUGGAUGCCACGAACUGCCCUUAUCACUAUGUCUGCGACAGAAAGUACCCUGCAAAUUUCCCACUUGCUGCAGAUGUCUUGGUCCUCCUCUUCACAUCAGCUUCUUAUCUCGUGACCCUUUUCACUGUGAUAAUGGAUUUGAGCUCAGGAAGAAGGGGGAUAAGAUCCCCAAACAGAUACUUACUACCUUCUGGCCCAAUUCUCCUCCCUUUGAUAAUCUUAGCCUUUGCAAAAGGCUCUCAGAUAAACACAAUAUUUCCGCUCUCUUACAUGGGUCCUCCAAUCCUUCAACUAGUUCUAAUCUCUGCACUGUCCUUUGACUAUGGAGCUGAUAAGGACUUAAAGUAUACUUUUUUUGCUGCAUCCACAGUUUCCGGAAUUCUUCAUGCAAGCCUGUACUUGGAUUCAGUUGUGCUGCCUUAUUACACAGGUUUUGAUGCUCUGGUGUCGUCCACAUUUUCAGGUGAGUGUGAGACUUGUGUGUGCAGAAGAGAGGCUUUGGUUGUGGGAGGGAAGCUGGUGAGGUAUAGGGGUUGGUCUGUGACCACAUUUUUGGUGGUGGGUGUUCUGUGUUUGAGGAUUCUAUGCAGAAUAGUGGGUGAAAGUGAAAAUGGGAAACUUUUGCUGCUCAAAGGCCUGAUGGAGAAGUUGAGUUGGAUAUCCAUAGCCAUUGAUUGUGUUUAUCUGACAGUGAAAUCACCACCAGAGAAAGCAUUGUUGAGAAUUGCUGCUUUUGGAGGCAUUUUGGUUUUGAUUUGCCUUCAUGUCCUCAAAGAGGCAUGCACGUACGUUUAUGCUAUGGCCAAUGUGGCAGAAAAUAGGAGAUGGGUAUCAACUCAAUCGUUAACAAAAUAAUCAAGACACACGAAUGAUCGAUGAAGAGCGGCAUGAGUUUUUGGAUAUCUGAAGCUAACUCUCAAUUGUAAUUAUAGCCACUUUUAUUGAAGAGAUUUUAUCAGGAAUUCAGAGAGAAAGAUAAGAACAUAUCAUGUUCUCCUUUUUCCCCGGUUAAAACUUCCUCCUUUGAAGUGAACAUAUUCGUUUUUUUUUUCCUUCGUUUUUUCUCCUGCUCUUUUACGAUCGAGAUCGAGACAAUUAAGCACGCCUGCAUGGAGGGUCCCUGAGGCGUUUUGUAUUUGUUUAUAUUGAAAUGUUCAUCAUUGAAUAAUUCAAAGAAAAUAGGAGAAUAACCCACUGAGCUUAUGUUUGAUAGGGUUUAAUGUUGCUGUAUGUAUUAUUAUGAGUAUGCCUAGAA